AUCAACAUUUAAGGAGUUCUCUUUUACCAAAAUGAAAUAAAAUAACGCUAUGACCAUUUGUUUACGUGUUGACGAAUGAACCCAUUAAACCUCCAGUCGCAUACUUUAUUUUGUGCGCAGCAGAUAAAAUAGGUGGCAGGACCUUCUGGUGCGCGGAGGAAGGCUCACCCCUCCCAGCGCCUUUUGCACAGCCGCAGUUGGUGCUCGUGCAGACGGCGAAGAGCCGCUAGAGGAGCCGCUGCUGCUGCUGUGAAGAUCCUCCGGUCCGGCUUCAUCUUCAUCAUCAUCAUCACAGCCUCCAUCCGCCCGCGCCGCGCUGCACCUGCCGACAGCGCUGCCAUUAAAUACAAUGGAAAGAUCAGAGAGACACGGAAACAUCUAAAACAGACGCAUCUCCUCCAACAGACAAGGAGGCAGAAUGAGUGAAGAGGUGUCAGUUUCUCCAAGCUGGCUGGCUCAAGAACCCACCUGGGGCAGCAGCGGCGCGGGGAGCAUAGAGAACAUCACUGUGGGAACAUACUCACCGGCGGUCAUCCUGCCAGCGAGACCACCUACGGAGCUGCUGGUGAACCCGUGGGACAUCGUACUCUGUUCAUCUGGCACCCUCAUCGCCUGUGAAAACGCCCUGGUGGUUUUGGUCAUCUGGCAGAACCCGGCUUUACGCGCUCCGAUGUUUCUACUGAUCGGCAGUCUAGCUCUAGCUGACCUAUUGGCUGGUUUGGGAUUAGUCCUGCACUUUACUUUCGCAUACCUACUGCGCUCUGAUUCAGCCCAGCUGUUGACUGUAGGUCUGGUGGUGGCGUCCUUCUCCGCAUCAGUUUUCAGCCUGCUGGCCAUCACCAUUGACCGCUACCUGUCGCUGUACUACGCCCUCACCUACAACUCCGAACGAACUGCCGCCUUCACAUACACCAUGCUGGUGCUUCUAUGGGGCGUUUCCUUGUGUUUGGGUUUGCUCCCAGUCACCGGUGUUAACUGCUUAGGGCAGGAGGUAAACUGCAGCGUGGUGUGGCCCCUAACGAAAAACAACGUGGCCGUUUUAUCCGUGUCCUUCCUUCUACUCUUCGGCCUCAUGCUACAACUCUAUGUGCAGAUCUGCAAAAUCGUCAUGCGGCAUGCGCACCAAAUUGCCCUCCAGCACCACUUUUUAGCAGCAAGCCCUCAUUACGUCACGACGCGUAAAGGCGUAUCCACGCUGGCGAUAAUUCUGGGCACAUUCGCUGCCUGCUGGAUGCCGUUUACUGUAUACUCGCUCAUAGCCGAUUAUACAUACCCACCGCUCUACACGUACGCCACCCUGGUGCCCGCCACCUACAACUCAGUCAUCAACCCAGUCAUUUACGCAUUCCGCAAUCAAGAGAUCCAGAAAGCGUUGUGGCUGGUGUGCUGUGGAUGUAUCCCUGCCAGCGUGGCCCAUCGGGCACGGACCCCCAGCGACGUCUGAUGUAAUGUGCCUAGGGAAUUGCACAGGUCAUGGGACAAGAAAGGGCAUGUGCGUCACCCGUUUAUGUCUUCCCCUAAAGCCCAAAGUAUACUUUGGUUUUUACGCAUAUGCGAGAGUCUGCGUACACCUGAAUCGUACGUUCGGAUAUCUGCUUUGAAUUGUUUUUGCGCCGCUACACUUUGGCCACAAGGUGUCAACAGUAAACAUAUCGGGAAAAAGUGGGAUAACAAAAACACAACUUUAUGAGGGGAUUACAAGGCAUCCAAAGAUGUAUUUUAAAGACUUUUUGGAGGAAAGAUGAGCAGAAAUUGGACAAGAUUGAAUCUUUCUUAUCUGUGUAAACUUCGAAAGGUUGUAUGUGCGUCUUGUGUGCGUAAAAAUCAAACAAAGAAGUAAACUUUGGGCUUAAUUGUUAUGUGACAACCACUGCCACACAAUCUUUUGCCUGAUCCUGUUCCAACCAGCUGCCACACCCUGUCCAGGAUUUGAAAAAGGGCCGGGAAUUGACGCAGUGUGGCAGGCAGCUGUAAAUAUCCUGUACAUAAAUAUGCCUUUGCAUUUUUUUGUGCUUGUUUUGGCUUGGCCACAGCGGCAGCCCCCUGUUGCAUGGGCUGUGAGGGAGGAGGAGGAAGAUGUGGGGCAGCACGAGGCGGUCCGCUUGACUGGAUCCCGAAGCUCAUUCAUCUCUUCCUGCUGUUGCUGCAUUCAGGAACGUGCGCUGAACGUUAAGUAACCGCGGUGUGCUAAAAAUAGACACGAGGCGCUCGGUGAUCCGCGCCUUGCGUCCUCCAUAGAAACACAGAGAGGCGCGCUUUUCUCGUCUCUUUGAUUUAAAUCUCAACCCGAGCGUGGCCGAAUGUAAAAUGUCCUCCAAAGCAGAAAAACCAUGAAGAGCUAAUUACAAUCUCAGAUCGAGAACCACUCUAUAAAUAACCCAACCCACGGAUGCCUUUAUUUUGGUUUGGAUCGGAAGUGGAACUGUCACCCGUCCCGCAUUCCUCUUCCAUAAAUGCGGGAUGAAAGUGAACGGGAGCGUGGAGAAAGUGUAUGUGUGGUCAUUUUAAACAGUCCCCUGUGAAUAGAGGCUCACUUCAAACAACUGUCGAGUACAAAACGUGCAUUAAGUGUUUGAGAAUAAGAGGUUUGUUUAUAUGCAGCAACAUUGCUGAGAACAGAACCGAAUGUAUUUUCUUUUGAUUUGCUCUUAAUUUGCAUUGUGCUCCCAAAGCUCUGAAUAGAUCACUGCUCCUUUUAUUAAGUUCAACUUUUAAUUAAUACUGGGUACAGGAUGGCUGUCAAACAAUGGUCAUUCAUAGAAUUUUGCUUAAAAUUUACAUGUAAUGCAUUUGCGUAGAAGCAUCAAUAUAAGUCAGUUAGAGGGGGUAAUCUCUAAUGUUAAUUACAAAUUUCAUCCCAAAAUCAAAUGAUUCUUUUUCAGAAUUAAGCUACAUAUUCUAUUAUAUAAUAUAAUUUUACACUGUAAAACAUACAAUCUGGUUAGCUCCAUCGCCGGUUCGAGCCCUGACUGGGUCAGUUGGCAUUUCUGUGAGGAGUUUGCAUGUUCUUCCUGUGUUCCUCCGGGUGCUCCGGUUUCCCCCACUGUCCAAAUACUUGCGCUAUAGGUGAAUUAGGUAAGAUAAACCAUCCGUAGUGUAUGUCCUGUUUCUCCAGAUUAGGUGUUGAGCGUUUGUCUAAAGACCCACCUCAUAAAAACUAGAGGUUACGAAACACCAACAUGGUGCGGCUAAUAUCACUUUGAUAAAAACGACCCUGGGAGUAAGUAAAACAUAUAACCUACAUUAACAGUGAUUCAUCUGUGAAUGUUUAUUAACAUCUUUAUACAUGCUUCAAAUGGUGAUACCUUACUUUAUACUUUAAAAGACACCUGGCAAUCUUGAUAUAUGGUGAUCUGUUAAUUAAUAGUUUUUUUUACAGUGUAAUAGCAUAUCUCAUUGAAAUCUAGUAAGAUCUAUUGGGAUAAUGAGAUGUAAAAUUGGACUUGUUUAAAAAAAACUAAAUGUUUUCCUUUUGAUUUUGGGGUGAAAUGUAACCUAGACACAUUUUCAUGAGAUUUAUCAAUAAUAUUCUCAUUUGGUGAUAUGCCAGCCAAAUUACAGUUCCACUCCCAAAUGAGCUUCCCAUAGAUUUACUGUCAAUAUGAUAUACUGUCAGUAAACUGUUUAAUCCAACCCUUACUUAUUCUGAUUACGUACCCCAUAUACAUUUCUGGAGAGCGGCAAAUGCGUACCAGGAGCUAUGUUUUUUGCAGUUAUUGUAUUCGACUACCAUAGUUUUGUAUUCCACCAGAGGUCACUGCGUUGGCUUAUUUGAGAUCUCAAAUUUCUCAUGCGAGGCCUUUUGUUCCUGUUGUACUCACGUAAAUCCACCAGAAGCCGCUGUCAACUGACUGAUCAACCAACCAAUACCCUCAACCUUACCUAAACCCAACCAACAGUGUUUUGAAACGCAAUCCAAAAGAAGAUAAGCCCUUGCCUGAUUUUACCACAUUUUCAGAUUAUACUUCAUUCUCACCCUGUUAUUAACUUGUUUGUUUUAUUUUUUGGCUUCUGUUUUUGUCUUACCCACUUUCUGGAACCGUUCUUUGCCGUACUCGAACCCGGUCAACUGUGUUUUGGUUCUCAAGCCAACAUACAUGUCGACAUGUAUGUUGCUACUGGACAAACUGGUAACAGCGGAAAAGCGACAUGAGGAAUGGUGCCGCCCCGUAGCGUUUGUUUUAAAGAUGAAAUGCAGCCAUAAGUAGCUCUGGCUACAUAAUUUGCGAUCUCCAGAAAUGUAUAUAGGGCUACAUUUUCAGAAUGAGCCUGUGUUGGUUGAAUCUUGUCAAACAAUCUCACGAGACAAAGAUUACAGUGAGGAGAUCAGCUGGUAAAUGUCAACUGAGGGAGAAUGGUAUUAUAAAUCUCUCCUGACCCUGUUCUCCUCCUCUUUGUGGAGUCAUGCUACUAUUACGAGCUGAAGUUCACCCCAUGCUUUUUACCUUUCGCCCUCCAAAUGCCAACCAGCCACUAUCCAUUUCAGUGGCAGAAUCCAUCAGCGAGCAAUAAUUACAGACCAAGUGUUUCAUCAAAUUAUAGCAAUACUCUGGCAGCAAUAAAAGCCGUGCCCAAGCAAAACCAACACCUCAGCUAGUCUGAAAAAAAAAAAAAAA